GAGUUAGCUUAGCACUACCACACGUUACAAUCCGCAUUGACUCUGCCGAACCGGAAGUAAAUCAUAUUGCCAGCAUGGAGGCGCGUCCAAACAGUGACGUAGUACGUCCCAUUUCCUAUUACCACUGACUGGAGGGAGGCCAACGCAAUCCCGAACAUCAAAGAGUAGAGACGUGGAAAAUUAGGAAAGGAAAUCCAGGUCACGACUAACAACUGAAAAAUGAAGUGUCCCACUGAUGUCACUGUAGAAGGUCUUCACCCUGAGAAGCAUGAUCCCCUUCGCGUUAAAAAGGAGGAGUCCGACAUGCCGUGGAUCAAACAGGAGGCGGAGCCAGAGACCCCUGACAUGAAAGAAGAAAAACAGGAUGUUGAAAUCCUCAAGUUUCCAAUGGGUGUCAGUGUAAAGAGUGAAGAAGACAAAGGUCAAAGCAAUGACAUCGGAGCAGCGAAACCUUGGAGCGACAGCUCAUUUCAGCACCUGACAAUAAAAGGAGAAGGACGAUCGCAACCGGACGGCCUUUUAGCUCCGCUUUCGGACAGCGACGACAUAACGUCACAUUCUUCUAACUCUAAUAGUGUUGAGGAGGAGGAUGACUUUGACCAAAAUGAUUCAAAAUCUUUAAACAAGUCAUCAUUGAAAAGAGACAUAAGGGAAUGCGCGGUUGGGAAACGUUUUUCCUGCUCAGUCUGUCAUAAAACAUUUUCUUGGAAAUGUGUUUUAAAAGAACACAUGCGUACACACACUGGGGAGAAGCCUUUUGUGUGCUCGAGUUGUGGUAAAAGAUUCACCCAUAAGGGAAAUUUAAAAAGACACACAAGAACACACACUGGAGGGAAGCCUUUUGCCUGCACACAUUGUGGUAAAAGAUUCACUGACAAGACUGAUUUAGAAAGGCAUAAGCCUACACACACUGGAGAAAAGCCUUUUGCCUGCACACUUUGUGAUAAAAAAUACUCCUCGAAAGCCAAUUUAAACAUUCACACAAGAACACACACUGGAGAGAAGCCUUAUGCCUGCACACUCUGUGGUAAAAGAUGCAUCCAUAAGGGAGGUUUAAACUAUCACAUAAGCACACACACUGGAGAGAAGCCUUAUGCCUGCACACAUUGUGAUAAAAAGUUCUUCACGAAGGCAGAUUUAAACAUUCAUACAAGAACACACACUGGAGAGAAGCCUUAUGCCUGCACACUUUGCGAUAAAAGAUUCAUCGAGAAGGGACUUUUAAACAGACACACAAGAACACACACUGGAGAGAAGCCUUAUGCCUGCACACUUUGCGAUAAAAGAUUCUUCGAGAAGUUUAGUUUAGAGAAACACACAAUCAAACACACUGGAGAGAAGCCUUAUGCCUGCACACAUUGUGAUAAAAAGUUCUUCGCGAAGGCAGAUUUAAACAUUCACACAAGAACACACACUGGAGAGAAGACUUAUGCCUGCACACUUUGUGAUAAAAAGUUCUUCGCGAAGGCAAAUUUAAACGUUCAUACAAGAACACACACUGGAGAGAAGCCUUAUGCCUGCACACUUUGCGAUAAAAGAUUCAUCGAGAAGGGACUUUUAAACAGACACACCAGAAACCACACUGGAGAGAAGCCUUUCGCCUGCACACUUUGUGGUAAAAGAUUCACUGAGAAGUUUAAUUUAGAAAGGCAUAAGCAGACACACACUGGAGAAAAGCCUUUUGCCUGCUCACUUUGUGGUAAAAGAUUCAUCCGUAAAGGAGAUUUAAAGAAACACACAAGCACACACACUGAAGAGAAGCCUUUCGCCUGCACACUUUGUGAUAAAAAGUUCUUCAACAAGGCAAAUUUGAACAUUCACACAAGAACACACACUGGAGAAAAGCCUUUUGACUGCAAAUCUUGUGGUAAAAGAUUCUUCGAUAAGAGAGGUUUAAACAGACACACAUGCGGAUACACUGGAGAGAAGCCUUUCCCCUGCACACUUUGUGAUAAAAAGUUCUUCAAGAAGGCAAAUUUGAACAUUCACACAGGAACACACACUGGAGAACAACCUUUUGCAUGCUCACUUUGUGGUAAACGAUUCACUCUGAGAGAAAAUUUAGCGGUGCACGCAAGAAGCCACACUGAGUAAAAACCUUUGAAUUCUGACAAAGUAUUCUGAUUCCUGUAUUUACAGCGGGAGAAAGCAUUUCAAUUGAAUCACUUUCCCAAUGAGCCUCUUUUGAAAAAGUUGUUGAAAUGAUUUUUCAUGUGCUGUUCUUUUUUUACCACUAUCCAACACAAAUAUUUGUUUUAAAUUGUGUAAAUUGCAUGACAUGUUUUUCUGUUAAUUGUUCCAUAUAUUCCUAACAUCGUGCUUUUAAGGUUGUUAAGAAAAAUUGAUCCUUAAAUCGCGAUAUUACGUCACGCAAUUCUCGUAUCGAUUCAAAAUCCGGCUGCAUCAAUCUUUACACAUGUGAUUUUGGUGGAAAUAAUUCAGUGGCUGCACUUUUUACUCCUGUCCAGCAGUUGGCAGCGUGAAGCAGCAUUGCCUUGCAGUCUGCUGAAGCAAUAACAACAAGAUUAGACUAAUCCAGUACUUCUCAAAUGGUGGGGCGCGCCCCCCCAGGGGGGCGCAGAGCGAUGCCACGGGGGGCGCGAGUGACCUCGGGGAACAUGCUUUUUUUUUUUUUUUUUGCCGUACUAGAAUAAAGUUUACUUGCACAUCCACUCCGUGGGUGGCAGUGGCGCUAUCAUUUUCAAAGUGCGUGCAGUAUUUUUGAAGUAAGCAAGAGCACACGGAAGAGACUCAUGCAGAGCUGGACUCACGCAGCGAGCCACUGUCUUCUUCGGUUCUCACGUGUCCGGCCGAGAAGUGCCGUUUUCGGCUUGGGAUCGUCACGACCACCGCCCUCACCUACGGUUCUCCCUCGGCCGCCGAGAAUGCGCUUUUUUCGGGCCGUUUGCCUUUGACUUUUAAUAUAGUGGGAAAUGAGGAAAGAUCACUGUUUACUGAGUCUAAAAAUGAUUAUAGCGGAGAAGCCAAAUCAGUUAAGACGCCACUUAAAGACAUUAGACCUCAAUCUCAUUGAUAAACCGCUUGAUUGUUUUUCAGCGAAAACGUGCCGAAUAUUGCCAAUUGUCACAAUCGUCCUGCUUUGUCAGUGUUAUAUCAGUAAACCAGUGAGCACUGUGGUGAAUCAGCGAAAAUAAAAACUUUCCUUCUGUCCAAAGACCUUUUCCCCCCCUUCUAUUCAGUUUUGUUUUUUUUCGGUCAAAUUUUUUGGCAUGUUGUCCUGAAGAGUAAAUGUUUCUAAUCAAUUUGAAUUUGUUAUUAUUUACUGAUUUUAUUACAUUUUAUUUUUCAGUAUCAAAUGGUCAAAAAUGUACCUUGAGUGUAUUUUUACAGUUUGGAUGUGACUUUUUUUUUUUUUUUUUUUUUUAACUUCAGGCAAAUUGAUGCGCGUUAAGUCUUUUCUGUUACAAGCAACACAAUGUUAAAAAAGUUAUACUUUAUUAUAAGUUGAUCUAUGUUACUUUUUUUCUUUAAUAGAAAAAAAAGGACACAAUGUUAGGCUGAGGCGUACUUAUAAUAGUAAUAUAGACGAAUGAUACUAUUUACAGUGGCGGCAGAGAGUUGGGGGGGGCGCGAAACAUUUACGUCUUCCUUGGGGGGGCGUAACAGAAAAUAAUUGAGAAGCACUGGACUAAUCUGAGUAGAGGUUUUUGUACGUCGCCCUCUAGUGGUUGGCCGUCAUUACUGGGGUGUUUACACAGUUAUAGCAGCCCACCGUCAGUCGAUGUAAACAGUAAUAUUAGCUGCUGUGUGCUGAGGGCGGCACACCUCAGCAAUGGUGGACAGGGUACUUACGGUCAUUUUGCGUGGAUUCGUCCCUUUAUAAAUUUGAAAUUUGGGCUUAUUGUGGAUUUAACUGCAAAAACGGAGGCGUAGAGUAGUUUUACCUCUUAAAAUCUACAAGUCUUUCUAUCCGUGGAUCCCUUUAACAGAAAGAAUGUUAAUAAUGUUAAUGCCAUCUUGUGGAUUUAUUGUUAUAAUAAACAAAUACAGAACUUAUGUACAGUAUGUUGAUUGUAUAUGUCUGUCUUUUCUCAUCUUUCCAGUCCAACAAUGAUUUACA